AUGCAUGCAGAAAAGUACGCAGAAGCCAGGAAAAAGGCAAAGUGCAGGUUUCCCAUCGCAAGAAUCAAGAAGAUCAUGCAGAUUGAUGAUGAAAUCGGAAAAGUAAGUACAUUUGCGCCUAUUGUGAUAAGUCAUGCAAUUGAAUUAUUCUUAAUAAGCUUAUUAAAGGCCAUGGAGGAAGAGGCUAAUGGGAAAUGUGCAAAAAAGAUUAUUCUGGCUCACUUGGAGGCUUGUGUGGAAAAAGACCCUAAGCUAGAAUUUAUAAAGGGAUUAUUGCAGAGGAAAUAA